AUGGUAAUCCAGUUUGACACACUCAGGCGGCACGACCUGUUCCGCAACCCUCCCAAAGACAAGACGGCAUAUCCCACGCUCGCUGCCGCAGUGGACCCCCACAUCAACUCGUUCAACACCAUCUUCACUCCCGGCGGCCAGCUAGCUCAGGGCAUACGAGACAUUGGCACCAAGAUCUUCCUCGAUGGCGACCCAUACGCCGCUCCAGAAGACGUCGGCCAGAGAAACCGCCUCUCUCUGCGCAUCUCCGACGUCUUCCUCGACAAGCCAGUCCUGCCGCCUUCCAACAAGGUCGCGCUCAAGAACCGAAAUAUCUAUCCCGCCGAGGCCCGAGAGCGACAUGCUUCAUACCGCGGCAAGAUGCGCGCGCGACUCGAGUGGCGGGUCAACAACGGAGAUUGGCAGGAGGACGUCGUGGAUCUCGGCGGCGUGCCCGUCAUGCUGAGAUCGAACCGCUGCCAGCUUGAGGGCAUGUCGCCAGCGGCACUAGUCAAGGCGAAAGAAGAGUCUGACGAGCUUGGCGGCUACUUCAUCGUCAACGGCAUCGAGAAGAUUAUCCGUCUCCUCCAGGUCAACCGUCGCAACUACCCCAUGGCCAUCAAGCGUGGCGCCUUUACCAACCGUGGCCCCGGUUACACCCAGUUCGGUAUCCAGCUCAGAUCGAUGCGACCCGACCAGACCUCGCAAACCAACGCCCUGCACUACCUCAGCGACGGCAAUGUCAACUUCCGUUUUUCAUGGCGCAAGUCCGAAUACCUGGUCCCCAUCGUCAUGGUGAUGAAGGCCUUGGUCGAAACCAACGACCGCGAGAUUUUCGAGGGCCUGGUUGGCGCCGCCGGCUCAGAAGGUCUGGAAGAGAAGCAAUUCGUUACCGAUCGCGUGGAACUGCUACUCCGAACAUACAAGGUCUACGGGCUGCACACUAAGGCGAAGACUCGCGCGUAUCUUGGUGGGAAGUUCAAGGUCGUACUUGGUCUGCCAGCCGAUGUCACCGACGAGGAAGCCGGUACAGAAUUCCUCCGCAAGAUCGUUCUACCUCAUCUAGGCUGCGUAAAUGUCACACCGAGCCAGGACGCGGACAAGUUCAGAAUGCUGCUGUUCAUGGCCAGGAAGCUCUAUGCUUUGGUCGAAGGCGACUGUGCUGUCGACAACCCGGAUGCCGUCCAGAACCAGGAGAUUCUGCUAGGCGGCCAACUCUACGGCAUGAUUCUGAAGGAGAAGCUGGAGGAGUGGCUCAACAGCUUUCAGCUAGUCCUGAGGGAGUGGGGAAGGAAGACGGAGUACAAGCCCUUUACAUCUCAAGAUUUCACCAAGGAUUGGAACUCGAGGAUCCUCCGAAGAACACAAAUGAACCUUGGUCAAGCUAUGGAGUACUUCCUCAGUACAGGCAAUUUGAUCAGUCCGACUGGUCUCGACUUGCAACAAACAUCCGGAUAUGUUGUGGUUGCUGAGAAGUUGAACUUCCCACGUUUCAUCUCCCAUUUCCGAAUGGUGCAUCGAGGUGCUUUCUUCGCCCAGCUCAAGACAACCACGGUUCGUAAAUUGCUGCCGGAGUCAUGGGGCUUCAUGUGUCCUGUCCACACCCCUGACGGUAGUCCUUGUGGACUUCUCAACCAUUUCGCCCACAAGUGCAAGAUCGCGACUUCCAACCUCGAUGUCUCAGCAAUUCCCAAUCUCGUUGCACAACUGGGCGUAUCGAGCAAGUCAUCUGCCUCCCUGGAAGCGAGUGUGGUUGUCCAAUUAGACGGUCGUGUCUUAGGUUUCUGCUCGCCAAAGCAAGCCAAGGUCAUCGCGGACACGCUUCGUUACUGGAAGGUUGAAGGCUCACACAAUGUACCAUUGGAGAUGGAAAUUGGUUACAUCCCCGGAUCCAACGGUGGCCAGUACCCAGGUGUCUACAUGUUCUCACAAAGCUCGCGAAUGUACCGACCUGUCAAGUACUUGCCUCUCAGCAAGACAGACUACGUGGGACCAUUCGAGCAACCAUACAUGUCGAUUGCAUGCACGGAUGCCGAGAUCGUAUCCGGUGAUUCAACGCACGUGGAGAUCGAGCCCACGAACAUCUUCAGUAUCAUCGCCAACCAGACACCCUUCUCGGACUUCAAUCAAUCGCCACGUAACAUGUACCAGUGUCAGAUGGGUAAACAAUCGAUGGGUACACCAGGAACUGCUAUGGCCUACCGAACCGACAACAAGACCUACCGCUUACAAACUGGUCAAACUCCCAUCGCUCGGCCUCCAUUGCACAACGAGUACGGCAUGGACAACUUCCCGAACGGAAUGAACGCAGUUGUGGCUGUCAUCUCCUACACCGGAUACGACAUGGACGACGCUAUGAUCUUGAACAAGUCGUCACACGAGCGCGGUUUCGGCCACGGCACUGUUUACAAGACGAAGAUUUGUGACCUCGAAGAAGGCAGCCGAAGGAAUCGAUCAAGCAGGACAGUUACCAAGCUGUUUGGCUUCGCUCCCGAAGGCUUAGUGAAAGCCGCGGCCAAGGAGACUCUCGAUGAUGACGGCCUUCCUCGCAUUGGGACUAUGCUGCGAUCUGGCGACGUCAUUGCUGCAUGGCACACUGUUUCGUACGACCCAGCUACCGGCGACUACAUCAACCGCGACGGUCAGACGCAGUUCUUCAAAUACAAGGACGAUGAACUCGCUUUUGUCGAAGAAGUCCGUAUCAUCGGCGCUGAGGAUGGAGCACAACCAUGCCAGAAGCUCAGCAUCAAGCUUCGCAUUCCUCGUUCUCCUGUCGUUGGUGACAAGUUCUCUUCCAGACACGGACAGAAGGGUGUCGUCAGUCAGAAGUUCCCUACUCCAGACAUGCCAUUCUCGGAAAGCGGUAUGCAGCCUGAUGUUAUCAUCAACCCUCACGCUUUCCCCUCGCGAAUGACAAUCGGUAUGUUCGUCGAGUCGCUAGCUGGAAAGUCUGGAGCACUCCACGGUAUGGCCCAGGAUUCAACGCCCUUCCGCUUUGACGAGCAAAAUACUGCUGUCGACUAUUUCGGUCACCAGCUAUCCAAGGCUGGUUACAACUACUAUGGCAACGAGCCUAUGUACUCGGGUAUCACUGGACAAGAAUUGCACGCAGAUAUCUACAUCGGUGUCGUCUACUACCAGCGUCUACGACACAUGGUCAAUGAUAAGUUCCAAGCCAGAACCACGGGUCCUGUGGUGUCCACGACAGGGCAGCCUAUCAAGGGAAGAAGCAAGGGAGGUGGUAUCCGUGUCGGAGAAAUGGAACGUGAUUCUCUACUUGCUCACGGCACAGCCUUCCUUCUCCAGGACCGUUUGAUGAAUUGCUCCGAUUACACCAAAGCAGCCAUCUGCCGUACCUGCGGCUCUUUCCUCAGCACAACACCAACUGUCAGCGAGUACGGUCGCAAGAAGGAUAGAAGUGGCAAGGACAUUACCAUCCGUUGCAGAAGGUGCGCCGUAUUGGCCGACAACACCAGCAGCAAAGCCGAUCUCUGGAUGGAUGCACAAGGCCUGCGAUACUCUGGUGGCGAAGACGUUGCUGUAGUUGCAGUCCCUGGUGUGCUCAAAUUCCUUGAUAUUGAGCUGGCUAGUAUGGGUGUCAGGCUCAAGUUCAACGUCGGGCCGUAA